GCGCCUGAGCCCGCCCGCCCGCACCAUGCUCAAGUGCAUCCCGCUGUGGCGCUGCAACCGGCACGUGGAGUCGGUGGACAAGCGGCACUGCUCGCUGCAGGCCGUGCCCGAGGAGAUCUACCGCUACAGCCGCAGCCUGGAGGAGCUGCUGCUCGACGCCAACCAGCUGCGCGAGCUGCCCAAGCCUUUUUUCCGGCUGCUGAACCUCCGCAAGCUGGGUCUGAGCGACAACGAGAUCCAGCGCUUGCCCCCUGAGGUGGCCAACUUUAUGCAGCUGGUGGAGCUGGACGUGUCCCGGAACGACAUCCCUGAGAUCCCCGAGAGCAUCAAGUUCUGCAAGGCUCUGGAGAUCGCGGACUUCAGUGGGAACCCUCUGUCUAGGCUCCCCGAAGGCUUCACUCAGCUGCGCAGCCUGGCUCACCUGGCCCUGAAUGAUGUGUCCCUGCAGGCGCUGCCCGGGGACGUGGGCAACCUCGCCAACCUGGUGACCCUGGAGCUCCGGGAGAACCUGCUCAAGUCCUUGCCCUCGUCUCUGUCCUUCCUGGUCAAGCUGGAACAGCUGGAUCUGGGAGGCAACGAGCUGGAAGUACUGCCCGACACCCUCGGGGCUCUGCCCAAUCUCCGGGAACUGUGGCUGGACCGGAACCAGUUGUCGGCACUGCCCCCGGAGCUGGGGAACCUGCGGCGCCUGGUGUGCCUGGACGUGUCGGAGAACCGGCUGGAGGAGUUGCCCGCGGAGCUCGGUGGCCUGCUGUUGCUCACUGACCUGCUACUUUCCCAGAAUCUGUUGCAGAGGCUUCCUGACGGCAUCGGUCAGCUGAAGCAGCUGUCCAUCCUGAAGGUGGACCAGAACCGUCUGUGUGAGGUGACCGAGGCCAUUGGUGACUGCGAGAAUCUCUCAGAGCUGAUCCUCACUGAGAACCUGCUGACGGCUCUGCCUCGGUCUUUGGGGAAGCUGACCAAGCUGACCAACCUCAAUGCAGACCGGAACCGCCUGGAGGUGCUGCCACCGGAGAUUGGAGGCUGUGCGGCCCUCAGUGUUCUCUCCUUGAGGGACAACCGCCUGGCCACUCUGCCAGCCGAGCUCGCCCACACGGCUGAGUUACAUGUGCUGGACGUGGCCGGCAACCGGCUGCAGAGUCUGCCGUUUGCGCUCACCCACCUCAACCUCAAGGCUCUAUGGCUCGCUGAGAACCAGGCACAGCCGAUGCUCCGGUUCCAGACGGAGGAUGAUGCUCAGACCGGCGAGAAGGUGCUCACCUGUUACCUGCUGCCCCAGCAGCCCCCACCCAGCCUUGAGGAAUCAGGGCUGCAGAGCAGCCCUUCGGAGAGCUGGAGCGAUGCCCCGCCCAGCCGCGUCAGCGUCAUCCAGUUUCUGGAGGUCCCCAUGUGCAGCGAUGAUGCCGAGGGAGCUGCUGCCGAGAAGCGGGGCCUGCAGCGCCGGGCCACACCUCACCCCAGCGAGCUGAAGGUGAUGAAGAGGGGUGUCGAGGAGCGUCGUGGUGAAGCCUACUCCUGGAAGCCUGAGUCCAGGCUGCCCUCGCCCCUCGAGGAGGACAAGAGACUGAGCACGGAGUCCGGCCUGAGUGAGGAUUCGCAGCCGUCCACAGGCACCGCCUCCCAAGGUGAACCUGAGGGGUCACUGGCAGACACCCAGGGGCUGAGCCAGCAGGAAGCCGCCCCCAACGCCCAGGAGGAGGCUGUGGAGGAGGAGACGUACGAGGAGCCCACAGUGCGCUUUGCAGAGGACACGCUGCUGCUGCCCCCAGCAGGGGAAGAUGGCGAGAGCGAGGAGGGGCAGCUGGAGGCGCCCUGGCCCCUGCCUGGCGGGAGGCAACGUCUCAUCCGCAAGGACACACCGCACUACAAGAAGCACUUCAAGAUCUCCAAGCUGCCCCAGCCCGAGGCCGUCGUGGCUCUGCUGCAGGGGGCGCAGCCAGACGGUGAGGGCCCGGCAGGGGCUGGGGGCUGGCACAACGGCCCCCACACGCCCUGGGCUCCACGAGCCGAGGAGGAGGACGAGGAGGACGAGGAGGAGGACGAGGAGGAGGAGGAGGUGGCAGUGGCCGAGGAGGACAAGGAGGAGGCCGUGGUCUCUGCGCCCUCCAUCAAGGGGGUGUCGUUUGACCAGGCCAAUAACCUGCUGAUAGAGCCCGCACGCAUUGAGGAGGAAGAGCUGACGCUCACCAUUGUGCGGCAGACGGGGGGCCUGGGUAUCAGCAUCGCUGGUGGCAAGGGCUCUACGCCCUACAAGGGGGAUGACGAGGGCAUAUUCAUCUCACGGGUGUCUGAGGAGGGCCCCGCAGCCCAGGCAGGGGUCCGGGUGGGCGACAAGCUCCUCGAGGUGAACGGCGUGGCCUUACACGGCGCGGAGCACCACCAAGCUGUGGAGGCGCUGCGGGGCGCAGGCACCACCGUGCAGAUGCGGCUGUGGCGGGAGCGCAUGGUGGAGCCCGAGAACGCGGUCACUGUCACGCCGCUGCGGCCUGAGGACGACUAUAGCCCGCGGGAACGGCGGGGAGCCGGCCUGCGCCUGCCCCUGCUCCAGCCCGAGGCCGCUGGGCCCCUCCGCCAGCGGCACGUGGCCUGCCUUGUGCGCAGUGAGAAGGGCCUAGGCUUCAGCAUCGCCGGCGGGAAAGGCUCCACACCUUACCGGGCUGGCGAUGGGGGCAUCUUCAUCUCGCGCAUCGCAGAGGGGGGCGCUGCCCACCGGGCGGGCACCCUGCAGGUCGGCGACCGUGUCCUCUCGAUCAAUGGGGUGGACAUGACUGAGGCCAGGCACGACCACGCCGUCUCCUUGCUGACCGCCGCGUCCCCCACCAUCGCCCUGCUGCUGGAGCGGGAGGCCGGGGGGCCCCUUCCCCCCAGCCCUCUGCCACACUCCCCCCCACCCCCUGUCACAGCCCCCAGCACCGUGGUCACUGCCAGCCCUGGAGAGUCUGGGCCGCUCAGGCUGGCUCCUAGCCUGCUGGCUGCCACCUUGGAGGGGCCGUACCCGGUGGAGGAGAUCUGCCUCCCAAGAGCCGGGGGCCCACUGGGGCUCAGCAUCGUCGGGGGCUCUGACCACUCCAGCCACCCGUUUGGUAUCCAGGAGCCUGGCGUGUUCAUCUCCAAGGUGCUCCCACGGGGCCUGGCCGCACGUAGUGGCCUUCGAGUUGGGGACCGCAUUCUGGCAGUGAACGGGCAGGACAUUCGGGAGGCCACACACCAGGAGGCGGUUAGCGCCCUGCUCCGGCCCUGCCUGGAGCUGGUCUUGCUCGUGAGGAGGGACCCGCCACCACCGGGCAUGCGGGAGCUCUGCAUCCAGAAGGCCCCCGGGGAGAAGCUGGGCAUCAGUGUUCGAGGGGGCGCCAAGGGCCAUGCGGGGAACCCCUGUGACCCCACGGACGAGGGCAUCUUCAUUUCCAAGGUGAGCCCCACGGGAGCAGCCGGGCGCGAUGGCCGGCUGCGGGUGGGGCUGCGGCUGCUGGAGGUGAACCAACAGAGCCUGCUCGGCCUGACACACGGCGAGGCCGUGCAGCUGCUGCGCAGCGUGGGCGACACCCUCACCGUGCUCGUCUGUGACGGCUUCGACACCAGCACCGUGGCUCCCGCUGAGGUGUCCCCAGGCGUCAUCGCUAACCCCUUCGCGGCAGGCGUCGGCCGUCGGAACAGUCUGGAGAGCGUCUCCUCCAUCGAUCGGGAGCUGAGCCCUGAAGGCUGUGGCAAGGAGAAGGAGCCGCCGGGACCAACCCCACAGUGGGGACUGGAGGCCAUGGUGCCGCCUGGGACCACAGGAGGGAAGAUGGCCGAGGGUCCCCACUCCUCGAGCUGCCAGCAGCCCCCGUCCCCACCCUCUCCGGACACGCUGCCCACCAACGUGAAGCAAGCCUACAGGACCUUUGCUGCUGUGCCCGGCCCUCACCCGCUGCAGGACACCCCUGCUCAGCCCCCCACACCUGGGCCCAUGGCCUCCCCGGAGCAGCUUUCUUUCCGUGAGCGGCAGAAAUACUUUGAGCUGGAGGUGCGGAUGCCCCAGGCCGAGGGCCCCCCCAAGCGCGUGUCACUGGUGGGUGCUGAUGACCUGCGCAAGAUGCAGGAGGAGGAAGCCCGAAAGUUGCAGCAGAAGAGGGCGCAGCUGAUGCGGGAGGCAGAGGACGGCGCGCUGAGCCUGGACCUGGACGGGGAGGCCCCCGACGACGAGGAGCCCGAGGAGCCGCCACCCUGGGCCGGCCCUGCUGCAGGGCUCAGCCCCUCGUCCCCCCAGCCUCUCGGAGGUGGCGCCCCGGUGCGCACGGCCAAAGCGGAGCGGCGCCAUCAGGAGCGGCUGCGCGUGCAGAGCCCCGAGCUGUCCACGCCCUUGCCUGACCGGGCUCUGUCCCCUGCUGAGCGCCGAGCCCUGGAGGCCGAGAAGCGCGCCCUGUGGAGGGCUGCCAGGAUGAAGUCCCUGGAGCAGGACGCCCUCCGCGCACAGAUGGUCCUCAGCAAGUCCCAGGAGGGCCGGAGCCGGCGGGGGCCCCUAGAGAGGCUGGCCGAGGCCCCAUCGCCCGCACCCACCCCCUCACCCACCCCCGUGGAAGACCUCGGGCUCCAGACCAGCACCUCCCCUGGACGCCUGGCCUUGUCUGGGAGGAAGUUUGACUACAGGGUGUUUGCAGCCCUUCCUUCUUCCAGACCUGUCUGUGAGCUGCAGUCCCCAGAUUUUGCUGAGGAGCUGAGGUCCCUGGAACCGUCUCCCAGCCCUGGCCUGCAGGAGGAGGACGGAGAGGUGGCCAUGGUGCUUCUGGGCAGGCCGUCACCGGGCACCGUGGGCCCCGAGGAGGUGACACUGUGCAGCAGCCGCCGCCCAGUGCGGCCAGGACGCCGUGGCCUGGGCCCCGUGCCCUCCUAGAGGCUCCAGAACCUCCCCUGGACUUGGGGUAGGGGCCCUGCCAGCUGCACACCACCCUUGCCCUGAGUCUUUUAACCUGGGUGUUAGCAUUUUAAAGAGAUCCCUCAGGAGUUCUGGCCUCUGACUAACUGCCCCCUCCCCAGCUGGCACCCAUUGGCAAGACUGUAACUAGUGAUGUUUGUACAACCAAAGACUCUAUUUUGUGGUUUAAAAGGAAUAAAAUUGACUACGUUUUA